AUGGAGAAAAAUAUAAAGGAAUUAUAUGAAGUUAAAUAUGUUUGUCAAGAACAAGAAAAUAUGCCACAGUUAAAAUCUAAUAGUUUCUCCAAGAAGCCCGAAACUUUCUUUUUGUAUUUUACAAUUAUAACAGUAAUUUUAACAUGGAUCGCUGGCGGCAGUUCAAUUGCAUGGUCAUCACCGGCUGUUUUAAAAUUGACGUCGAAUGACACCAGUAUAAAUCCUCUAGGUAGACCAAUAACCACCGUUGAAAUAUCUACAUUACUGGGUAUCCCGGGAAUUAUGGGUAUUGUUGGUUCCCUAAUUUUUCCAAAGUUAGGCGAUAUGAUAGGAAGAAAAAGAAGUUUAUACAUUGUUGGAUGGUUGAUGUUUAUAAGUGUUGGUGGAGCGGCGUUUUCAACUCGUAUGGAUGUACUACUUUGUUUUAUAACUUUAUUGAGCUUCUUUUUUUCUGGUGUAUUUGGAAUAGUUCCUAUCUAUUUAACAGAAGUAUGCGAAAAUCAUAACAGAGCUAAAUUCGGAUGUAUUAUGUGCCUUUGUAUACCUCUUGGACAACUUUAUGCCUAUUCCAUAGGUUCUAUAUUUUCGUUCACAGUAUUUACUUUAAUGACAUCAGCUUCUUUAAUUCCCUUUUUAAUUUGUUUCCCGUUUGCUCCAGAGAGUCCCGUUUACGUCUUGUCCAAAGAAAGAAAUGAGGAAUGUUUUAAUAUAAUAAAAAAAUUACGUAGUAACAAAAAUUAUAUAGAAUUAGAAGAAGAUUUUAAAAUGAUAAGUGAGGAUUUGUUAUUAACAAGAAAAUCAAAAGGAAUAAAUAUACUUAGUCUCUUUUACAGUAAACAGGGUCGAAUUGGUGUAAUGUUAGGAAUGUUACCAAUUUUAGUGCAGUAUCUAUGUGGUGUACCAGUUUUUAUGGCCCUAAUGGCACCCAUUUUAAAUGAAUCUGGAUCUGACUUUUCUGGAAAUACAUUAGCAAUAAUGGUUGGUUGCUUAAAAGUCGCUAUCUUUGGUUGCAGUUCCUUAAUAGUAGAAAAAGUAGGAAAAAAACCACUAUUACUCAUAUCGUCUACAGGAGCCUCAGUUUCAAUAUCAUUACUAGGCUAUCCCCUAGCUGCUGAAGCUCUCGGUAAUCACUGGUGUAUGUGGAUUUUCGGAUUUUUUUCUUUGAUCGGUGCUCUUCUUAUUUACUUUUUAUUUCCAAAUACCACAGGAAAAAGUAUUGUUGAAAUUCAGAAGCUGCUAAAAAAUUAUUAG